CAUAGCACUACUGUUUGUUUAGUAACGCACGAAUACCCUUGGCGGAGUGUCAGGCCCUGCCACUGUAGUUGUGUGUAUAAUAGUGUGAAGCGCAGCCAUGAAGUUUUUCACUCCGUUUCUUUCAGUGACUGUAACGUCGCUGUUUCUCCAAUCCUGCCAGCCUGCCGUUGGAAAAAAGGUCCUUUUGGUACCCGUGCCGUUUGCAGAGAGCCAUUGGAUGGCCCAGGCCAGCCUAGGACGUGCCUUGGUGAACAGAGGCCAUGUUGUGACCGCUCUGAUGUCAGAAGAUAGUUUGGCGGAGCGACGGUCUGCAGAGUUUCUGUUUGAGACCUUCGAUGACCAUGGCACCCGCGCAAGGCUGAAGGCGCUCGAAAGUCAGGUCUCCAAUGCUGCAGAGAUGUCUCUUGUGGGGGUGAUACAGGCGGUGAGCAUGCUGCCGCUGGAGAUGGCGAAACACUGCGAUUUUUUGUUUGGGGACGGUGAACUGUUGCAGCGACUGAGAGAAUCACGCUACGGUGCCGUGGUCACCGACCCUUUCUUUCCUUGCGGGGCCAUCCUCGCGGCUCACCUCCGGGUCCCUCAUGUCGUCCACCUGCGGUCGAACCCCUACCGCAUCGACCUCGCGGCCACAGGAGUCCCCCAACCCCCGGCCUACGUGCCAGACUCGCUGCUGCCUUUCACCGACCAUAUGACGUUUCUACAAAGGACGCAGAACGUUGUCGUCUCCUCCCUUGUGUCUCUGUUGUCCCAAUGGAUUCUAGGCAGCAACUUCGACGGUUUAGUCCGUAAGUUUGUAGGCGAGGACGAGACCCUUCUAAGCGCCAUCUCGCGCGCCGACUUGUGGCUGUAUCAAACAGACAACGUCUUGGAUUUUCCCGCUCCCUCCAUGCCCAACAUGAUCCAGGUCGGCGGGUUGAACGUCCGGGAGGUCGUCCCCCUUGCUGCAGACCUGGAAACAUUUGUCCAGAGCUCUGGAGAGGACGGCGUGGUGGUGGUCAGCUUUGGAUCGAUCGUCAAGACGAUGCCCACGGACAGAGCAGAGGUGUGGGCAGCAGCCCUGGCGAGGCUCCGACAGAAGGUGGUGUGGCGGUACACGGGAGAGAAGCCGGCCGGUCUGGGCAACAACACCAAGGCUGGCUGGCUGCCGCAGAACGAUCUGCUGGGCCACCCCAAGACCCGAGCCUUCGUCACCCACGCGGGCUACAACGGCGUGAGCGAAGCUCUGCACCACGGCGUGCCCAUGGUUUGCGUGCCGUUUUUCGGGGACCAGCCCUCUAACGCCGCCCGGGUGGUGGCCAGGGGACUGGGGGUGAAGGUGGAGUUCAGCACGGUCACCACGGACGAGUUGUACCAGACCAUUCUACAUGUUCUUACCAACAACAGCUACCAAGACACCGCAGCCCGCCUGUCCCACUUGCACCGUGACCAGCCCCAGUCACCCAUGAAGCGGGCCGUCUGGUGGAUAGAACACGUCAUCAAACAUGGCGGCCUGCCCCAUCUCCGCGCACGCGCCGUGGAUCUCCCGUGGUACCAGUACCACCUGCUAGACGUGGCCGCGUUCCUGCUGGCCGUCUGUGCAGCUGUCCUGGGUACCGUGUGGUACAGCUGUGCGUUCGUCUGUAGAUUGUGUUACCGCAAAGGUUCUGGCAAACUCAAACGGCAAUAGGUGAAAACGACGUAGUUACAGAUUCGCCAUAGUGAAAACUGGUUUAAUCCGUCUGCAUCGAUGGGUUCUACCGUCUUGGGAUAUUCUGAUGUUGACGCCUGCUCUUCAGCAUCUUCUUGGUCAAUCGACAUUUAUAACUCUGCAGUACUAUCAUGAACUCACUUGUCGGCGCUUCUGUACCGCCGAGUUGCUAGAUACUAAAGGCACAAUCAUGAAAUUCUGGCACAACGCUACAAAAACUCAUAUUGAUUCUGCCUAAUUGCUACGAAAAAUUACUACAACAAUCUAAAUACAACAUGAGUACCGUGAAUAAUGUAUAAGAUGUGAAAUUGACGUAAGGUAAUGGGUGCUAUCUGAAACGUCUGUCCGUUUCCAAAAUGAAUUCCGGUGGCUUGAGUAACUUCUUUUGGGGGUAAUGUCCUAACAUGCAUAUGUUUUGUGCGUGCGUUUGUGUGAGAGGGGUACAUUUCUAUCAAUAUGUUUUAACAGUAUGGGGGUAAUCAUUCAUAGUUAUCGGGAAUAUGAUAAUCCAGGUGUACGCAUAUGCGAUUGCGAGGAACACGACGUCUGUACCAUGAGCCUACUUUUGUACACUUAUCAGGGAGAGUUCUUUCAAUAAACAUAUACCAAACUACAA